GCUCGGUUCCGUUCUGUGAAAUUUCUGCGCUGGAGAUUGAUUUUCGACCAAUUACGCAGAACAACAGAAGUUGACGUUAUACUAAUCUUAGAAAUUUUUGUUCUUAUUCGUGGUUUUUGGAUGAUAAUGUCGGAUUAAAGUUGAUUUUUCGUUGCAUUAACUGAUUGAAUUUUAUAAAUCGGACUGUAAUAGCCGAUUUCCUAUAAUUUCGGGAUCGCGGUAAUAAUCGGUAGUGUCACUGAACUGAUUUUCUUUUCGUUGCACUAAUCGUGUUGCUAAAGUUUUUUUUUGUCAAUUUUAUCAAAGCAGGUGUGUCAAUAAUCUGUUCGAUUGCGCGUUAACGAACUUCUCGGUCCAUAAAAACCCUAUUAAAACAUUUACACAUUGAAAGUGCUAUUAAUAUUGUGUAUGUGUCUUAAAUGCAGCGAGUAAAAGGACACGGAAAUCAAGGUGGUGUACGAAAUGGAACAGAAAACAGCGAACAUGAAAACGUGAAUAAUUGGGCAGCUCAUCAAAACUACAACGCUGCUCCAAAUGGGUCUCUAACGGUCGCUUCGUACUCUAUGUCAAAUUACUAUGGAGCUUCAUAUCCUUACCCGGCUUAUUGUGUAGGAGAUGGCGCUAGUGCUUGGCCAAAUAAUGAAGGUAUUACUUACGUGAGCGAUUAUAACGGACAAAUGGCUCCGGCUGAAGCCGCUUACGGUAUGGAGGGUAUGUUCGGGGCAGCGUACACGGCUCCUUUUGCACAAACGCCGGCCCCAAACGCUACCUCGUUCAAUUAUUUCCCCGCUAAUGCGGAAUAUCAAGCAUGGGAGACGAGCGCUUCGCUACCUCCUAUGGCGGACAAACAGUACCAAGAGUAUUAUAGGGAGAAUUUAUACGAUACGACGAAAGCGAUGAAAGGAUUAGAUCAACGAUUGCACAAUUUAGAUAUAAACGCGGAUACAAAUUCGAACAAAAUGCUGGACCCGUCCAAGUACUGCUACGGCGUUGUGAAACCAGACCCUUAUACGAAUUCGGUUCCGCAAGUCGUCGAAAAGAAAACCACCUGGGCUUCAAUCGCGAAACAGCCAGCUAAACCGAUGCCGCAAACGAGCAGCAGCGGUACGAAGAAAAAAGGACCCGGUAUGCCGCCUCCGCCGAUCGUUCCGGGACGUCACAAUAUCGAUUUGAAUACUUGGGAAGUGAAGAAUAACAAUGUUUCGAAACCUCCGGUAGCUCAAGCGCCUCCGCCUCCUCCUACAGUCAAUUCUCUCGCUAAACCGAUCUGGAACGGCCCGAUCAUCAGUCCGGAACCGCCGUCCGAGCCGGUCAUGCAUAUGCCCCCGAAUACAUCGGCUCCGCCGCCGCUACUUCCGUGUACCUCAGCACCACCACCGCCGUUAGCUCAAAAAAUUUACGCCACUAGUGUGAUAACGAAUAGACCUCCGCCUCAGGCGCUGCCAGCCACCGUGUACCAGGCACCGCCACCGCCCCAGCAGCAACAGCAGCAGCUGCCGCCCCAGCCGCAGCCGCCGCAACAAUCGGUAGCCAAACCGCCCGUAUCAACGUCACCGCCUCAAAGACAAACGUCAACGUCGCCGGUACCGCCGCCGUCGGUGGCGUCUUCGACGUCGUCGUCGUCGUCGCCCUCUUCGUCCGCCGUGUCGCCGCAUUCGGUUGUCGAUAAACUAAGAGAUAAAAAUAAUUACAAUCCAUCCGAGCUAGAGUUACCACCCAAAGGUACCCGUUUCUUUGUAAUUAAAUCGUAUUCCGAAGACGACGUGCAUCGUUCGAUCAAAUACGAAAUUUGGUGUUCGACCGAGCACGGUAAUAAACGUUUGGACGACGCGUUCAAUGAUCAAAAAGCCGUCAACGGUGCCGUGUAUCUUUUCUUUUCGGUCAACGGUUCGGGACAUUUUUGCGGCGUAGCGCGUAUGAUAUCGGCUGUCGAUUACGGAGCGUCUAGCUCCGUCUGGGCACAAGAUAAGUGGAAAGGACAGUUCAGAGUACGUUGGAUUUACGUCAAAGACGUACCGAACGGUCAAUUAAGACAUAUACGCUUGGAGAACAACGAAAACAAACCGGUAACUAACUCAAGAGAUACUCAAGAAGUGCACUACGAUAAAGGCGUCAACGUUUUGAAAAUCAUACACUCGUAUUCGCACACCACCUCGAUAUUCGACGAUUUUACGCACUACGAGAAACGCCAAGAAGAAGGAGAUUGUAUUAAAAGAGCGCCGCCACCUCCUCUCCAUCAACCGCCCCAUAGGAAUAACGCUUUCAAUACGAGGAGCUCUCAGAAUAAGGAUCGAGACGGUCGAGACGGUCGAGAUGGUCGAGAUAGUCGAGAUGGUCGAGAUAGUCGAGAUGGUCGAGAUGGUCGAGAUGGUCGAGACGGCAGCGGCAGUAAUAAUUACAAUUCGAAUCAUAACCGUCGCGGCGGCGGCAGCGGUCGAGACGGUCGCGAUCGAGAUGGUCGAGAUGGUCGCGAUGGUCGGGAUGGUCGAGACGGCGGCAUGGGCCGCGACGACCGCGGUGGUCGUAAUAACAAUGGCAAUAAUUUCACUAACCACAGGAACCAAUGGAACUCAUUACGAUCGUAGUUUAAUUAAUAUUGUACAAUAGAUAUUUGUUUUUCUUAUUUCCCGCGACCUGCCCCUGUCACUGUCCCUCUUCCCCCUCCCCCCUCGAUUCCCCUUCGACGCACUAUUUAUUGUCGCCGAUAGUCGUUCAAAAAAAAAAAGAAAAACAUAUUGUUUUAUGAUAUGUGAAUGAAAAUUUAGCACGGCUGGGUGACGAUUGCAGUGUUGUUCGAAAUUCGAACGCAACACGGUUUUCGUAUCGAAAAUUGAAUCAUCGUCUUAUAUUAUAUAUUUUUUUUUUACAAUACGUAAGUAUUUUAUGGUAGGGCGAGUGUUAAGCUGAUUUUUUUUUAGUUUGGUGUGAAAUUUAAUAUUUAUUUGUGUACUCUUCUUCGAUUUAUUUUUUUAAUGGAAUUUUUUCUCUCGCAUUUAACAUAUCGUUGUGUGUGUGUGUUUGUGUGUAAAUUUUGCCCCAAUUAUUAUUUUUUUUUGAAAAAAAAGGAUAUUUAACGAAAACUGAAUAAUUUUUAUACAAGUGGAGUUUUAACGAGUAAUUUUUUUGUUGUUGUUUUUAUACGAUGGUCAAAUUUUAUUAAUUCUACUCUUUUUUUUUUUAAUCGAUGAUUUUUAUACGCGUGAUGAGAUUUUGCUGUUUACCCCUGACCCUUCCCUCCUUCCCAAAAUCGAUUCGAUUCUGUUUGUAUUUUGGUACGUACCUUUGAAUAGAUUUUGUGAAUUACGAAGUACAAAAUAUUUUGGUAUAAAAACGUUUGCUAUAUUAUAUCUUUGGAUUUAAGUACAUGCGAAGUAUAAGGAUGUAUUUUUAUAAGAGGAGGGUUCAUUGAUUCGAGCGAAAUUACCGGCGAGAUGAAUUGCGUAGGUAGGUACGCGAAUUACGAAUUAUAUGCAAUUGUAUAUUGUACACUGUUGUUACGAGAGGUGGUUUGAUUUCCUGUGCGGAAAUUUGUGAAUAAUUGUGUUCGAAUCGAAGUCUCAAUACGAUAUACGAGUACGUAGGUAGUUAGAUACUACAUAGAAGGAUCGCUUGAGCGAAGAGCGAAGAUUAACGACCGCGUGUAAUAUGCGGUUGCAUGACAUAAUGUCAGAAAAUCGUCAGCUUUUUUGGAAAUACUGUAGAGAAAUAGCGGAUACGUGGGAUGGACAUUGGACAGCGGGGCGUUGAACUGUUCAGUUGCGAAAUGUAAACCGAUAGAAAAAUUUUUCAGUACUCUUUUGUUUCACGAUGGCCUACUUUGAUGGGAUUUUUUGAUGAUAGGCUCAGCAGGGUUUGGUCGAUGAGAAGUUUAAUUAGCAGUUUGUUGAUGUUACUGUGUUUUUUUUUUGGGGCAUUAUUGGUUUAAAUUUACGAGAGAAUUACGUGUUUGGAUUAUGUAGGAUUUGGUGUGGUAGUUUUUUUUUUUUUGGAUGUGUUCAUCGAUCUCUAUGGGACAACGGUUUUUCGUCACGUGUUCGUUGUUCGUUCAAAAUUUGGUAUAUUUUUGCUAAAAAUUGAAAAUCGAUACAAAAUUGAUUGAAUUUUGACGUCUCAUCUCAAAAUUGAAUAAUAUUCGAGCUCAAUUGAAGAAAAACCGACGUUUUUCGAUGAAAUUAAAUCAUUUCUGAUAGGUGGGGGGGGGGGACAAAACCAAUAUUGUUUUUUACAAAUCGAAAAAAUUUGUAUUUUUUGACAAUUUCUAAUAUUAUCGAUUUCAAGUCGCGAACGUGGUUCAAAAUCGAUCGAAUAAUUUUCGAUUGGACCGAUUUUUAACGACGUUGAUUAUGCAAGAAAAGGAUAUUUUUGAUGAAAUUGAUCUCAUUUUUAGCUCCGUGAUUUCGAUUAUUAUAGAAUAUAGAUUGUUUUCGGCUCAUGAAAUCGAUUUUCUGAACGCAGAAUCCGAGAAGUCGAUAUUUUUGAUGAAAUUGAUGUAUCAAUUUUUGGCAUAGUGAUAUCGACUCAUAUUGAUCCAAUGAUCCUAUUCAAUCAAUUAAAUCGAUAUAUCGAAUGGAAAUAUCACAAAGUCGAUAUUUUUUGAUCGAUUUUCAUAGCGCACAUCUGUGAAAAAACAGUAUUUUUGAUGAGAUCGAUUUAUCGAUUUUCAACUCCCAUGAUUUCGACUAAAAUCGAUUAGGUAUAUUCGAUCCAUAAAACAUAUAUCGAAUAAAAAAUCGCAAAUAUCAAUAUUUUCCUAGAUAAUUUUUAUGCAGCAUUUGAAAAAUUUGUAUUUUUAAUGAAAAUCAUUUAUCGAUUUCUAGUCAUAUGAUUUUGACUGAUAUCGAUCAUAUUCGAUCCAUAAAAUCGAUAUAUUAUAUCGAAUGGAAAUAUCGCGAACGGCAAAGCCGAUAUUUUUCUGAUCCAUUUUUUUUCAGCACACGUGAAAAAUUGAUAUUUUUGUUUUGAUGAAUUCGAUUUAUCGAUUUUCAACUCCAUGAUUUCGACUAAAAUCGAUUAUAUUCGAUCCAUAACACAUGUAUAUCGAAUUUUAAAAAAUCGCAAAUAUCGAUAUUGUCCUGCUCGAUUUUUACCACUGCAUUGAAAAAAUUUGUAUUUUUGAUGAAACUCAUUUAUCGACUUCUAGUAGUUCUAGUCUCCUGAUUUUGACUGAUAUCAAUCAUAAUCGAUUCUUAAAAUCGAUACAUCGAAUGAAAAUAUAGCAAGGUCGAUAUUUUUCUGUUCAAUUUUUACAGCACACGUGAAAAAAAAAUGAUAUUUUUGAUGAAAUCGAUUUAUCACAUUUUCAACUCCAUGAUUUCGACUGAAAUCGAUUAUAUUCGAUCCUUGAAAUGUAUAUAUCGAUUAGAAAUAGCGAAUAUCGAUAUUUUCCCAAUCGAUUUUAAUGCCACCUGUAGAAAAUUUGUACUUCUGAUGAAAAUCAUAAUAUCGACUUCUCGUCCCAUGAUUUUGACAGAUAUCGACCAUAUUCGAUCUAUGAAAUCGAUAUAUCGAAUGAAAAUAUCACAGUUCGAUAUUUUUCUGAUCAAUUUUUACAUCACACUUGGAAAAUUGGUAUUUUUGAUGAAAUUGAGGUAUCGAUUUUUAGCUCUUUAAUUUCGAUUAAAAUCGAUUUUAUUCGAUCUCUGAAACAUAAUAUAUCGAAUAAAAAAAAUCGCAAAUAUCGAUAUUUUCGCAAGCAAUGUUUACACCGCACCUGAAAAAUUUUGUAUUUUUGAUAAAAUUCAUUUAUCGUUUUCUAGUUCCAUGAUUUCGAUUAAUAUCGAUUAUAUUCGAUCCAUAAAAUCGAUAUAUCGAAUGAAAAAAUUGUGAAGUCGAUAUUUUUCUGAUGGAGUUUUAACAAUGUACGACGUGAAAAAUGUAUGCUUUAGAUGAAAUUGAUUUUAUAGAUUUUGACUAAUAUAUCGAUUAUUUUCGAUCCUUGAAAUCGAUACGUCGAAUGAAGAAAUAACGAUGUCGAUAUUUUCUAGUCAAUUUUUUUCUUUUCUCAAAAUUUAAUUUGAGCCUGAUUCCGAUGUAAAUCGACUGUUUUUCAAAUUGAUUAAAUCGAUCUAUGUACCUGUACCAUUAUGCAUGUAGGUAGAUCGACUUCGAACACAAUUUCGAACCCGCGAAUCGAUUUUUAUCACAUUCUACAAGAUCAUUUUAAUUUUUCAUUUUGUUGUUUUCGUUCAAACCCAGCGUGGUAAUUUUCCUACCCAGUCUCAUUCUUAAAUUUGUAGCUCACACGUUAUCGAAACAUCGAUUAUCGAUUUGAUAAAUCUACUACGUUUGUGAUAUUUUUCAACAUUUUGGUUUCAGAGUAAACGAUGCGAUUCAAAUAGCCUAUGAAGUGACGAACGUGUCACUGUUUUCACUGCCCCAUUUUCAUUUGAAAAUCAACGUAUCGAAUUAUCGAUUUUAUCAAAAUUCUCGCAAUUUAAACUCGUUUUCACUUUUCAAGUCCUAAAAAGUAUUGAUCAUGAUUUUUUUUCUUUCGAAAAAUGUCAUUUCAUCGAUGGAAAUUCAAACAUAUUGAGAGAAAGAGGAGGUAAUUUUUUUCUAAAUUACCGAAGAAGAAAAUUAGGUACAACGAUCGAAACUCGUCUUGAAAAAAAUUUCGUCUCUUGAGAAAAGUUGUCUUUUUUGUUGUUUUAUAAUUUAAUUGGAAUUUUUUUGUGUUCAUGAAAUAUCUUCAUUUCAAAGAGAAAACGAAAGCUCAUAAAUUCUGCGUCUUUUUUUUUCCUUCGAAAAAAUACCUCUAGCGUUGUACUCGAAAAUCCUUGAAAAAUUUCAAACUACGCGAAUUUUUCGAACUGGAUUUUUUUUCAUCGUUAUCGUGUUUUUCAUCCUUUACGGAUGGAAGCCAUCGUGAAAUGACGAUACGUGUACCAAUCUCAUUUACUUGUACAUUUGACCUCAUUUAUUUUGGAAAAUGUGAUCUCAAAAUUUUUCAAAUUACAUAAAUACCUUAGUUUUUUUCUCGAUGUUUUAAAGGAAUAAUUCUCUUGCUCGGUGUAAAAAAAAAUUACAAAUACAGCGUUCUAAUGGAAUAAAAAUGCAUAUUUUUUUUUUUUUGUAAUGAAGAUUUGAUUACAUUUAACGGAUAACUUUUUAUUUAUUUAUUUUUUUUAAAUGAAGAUUUGAUCAUAUUUCAACGGAUAACUUUUUAAUUUAUUUUUAUAAAAAUGAAUAUUUGAUCAUAUUUCAACGGAUAACUUUUUAAAUUUAAUUCUUGUUUUCCUCGAAUCGUAACUCCUCCCUUACUUAGUACAUUUUGUUAAAUGUGUACGCACACGCUUUUUAUUAUAGUAUUCGGUGUAGUGUUAAUUAUUAUAAUUCCCUUACCCCACCUUUAUGUUUUUCCAAAUAUAUACCUAUAAACUGUGGCCAUGUGACUCGCUAAUUUAUAUAUAUUUUUUAUUCUCGUUCGAUUUUUAAUUACUGUAAAUUCUAAUUCGACCAUUUUUUUGACUGAUGUUUCGCGUAAUUAAUUUUUUUUUCUAAUGUAAACGUGAAGUUUUUAAAGCAUUUGCCCUGUUGUAUAACCUGUUCAUACAUCUACCGAUGUCUGAUACUGUCAUUUUUUAAAAAAAUUAUUCUAUGUAAUACUUAUUUAUUUUUUUUUUUCACAUACGUAAUGCGUAAUAGCUCUUAAAUGGCGUGAAAAUUUCGUUAUUAAGUAAGCUUUUUUUCCUUUUUUUUUUUUUUUUUUUGAAUUCUAUGUAUUUUAAUAAUGAAUUUCUUAUAACAAUUUUUCUUUUUUUUUCUUCUUCUUUCAUUUUCUUGUUAUGUAUUCUUGUAAAAUAUUGUGAUAGAAACUACGAAUUUUUUAUUUCCUCCGCCGUUUCUUAUUUUUUUUUCUUCUUUGAAAUUUUUUUUGUAGAACGUAAUGUUUUGUGUGAUUUUUAUAUUUAAAAAAAAAAUUGAGAACGUUCGAGAUGUUUUUAACAAUAAGAAUUUAUUUGAUCGAGAAAUACUCGCGUUCUCAAAUACCAAAAAGUUCUGAGAACUAUGAAACUGCUAAAUACCAAUACCAUUUAAUUUCUUUUUUUUUUCAUUGUAUAUAAGAAAGUAACCAUAAAAGACGUCGAAUUAACGAAAUAUAUACUUUUUUUUUGAAAUUUUUUUUCUCGAAUGACCAUAUUUACUGUGUAAUUUUACGUAUAUAAUAAUAAUACUACCUAUAUACCUGUAUGUUUAGUAGAAAUAUUUAAUUUUUGAUUGUGAUAAAGGGUUUGUUUAUUUUUUAUUUUUCAUUCAUUAUUGUUUACGUACUUCUUAAUGUUUUACACUGGCAUUUGUAUAAAUAAUGAGUAGAAGCACCCGUUAAAUAAUUGUUUGAGAGUUACGCGAUUCGUUAUUCAACAUUUUUUCCCCCGAUUUCUUAUAUUCGGCCAACCGCGUGUGGUUCGUUGUGUGUGUGUUUUAUGUCGUAAGUUUUUAUUAUUUACCUAUGAUACUAUAAUUUUUACAAUGGAGAAACAAAACAAGGAAAUACAUCGUAUUGUAUUGUAUCGUUUACGUAUAAAUUGAAGCGAAUUAACGUAUUCGUAGCGUAGUUUAAUAUUUUACAUGUAUGUUUAAAGAGAGAGAAAAAAAAUUGGUUUGAAAAGAAAAACAAAAGUAUAAAAUUGAUGGAAAAAAUCGUGUGAUUAACAGUUUUAUCAUUUUACGUGUCUUAGAGUAAAUUUUUUUUUUCGUAUUAGCUUGUAUACGCAAUUAGUUUUUAAACAUUUUUAUUUUUAGUUGAUCGGGUAUCAUUUUUUUUCAUACUACUUCAUCGUUUUGUUAAUUAUAUGUAUUUUAGAAAUCACUUGAAAUAAAUGAUAUUUUUUAAUGAA